AUGGCGGACAAACCCCCAUCCUCGACGUCUUCUGCGGCGCCGCAAAAUGUCGCCCCGAAACCUCAGAAUCCCGCUUUUCGCAUGCUUGGCAUCCCGAAGAUCCGAUCCAUAUUGCCUUCAAGGAAUUGGCUCCUAUUUCUAUUCAUCACUGGUUCAUUUACCACAGCGCUUAUCUACGACCGUCGACAGAAAAGAAAAGCACAAGAAAAAUGGUCCAAUUUGGUUGCUCAUAUUGCCAAGCAGCCUUUACCGCCGAAUGAAACCCGAAGAAAGCUUACAGUAUUCCUUGCCGCACCACCGGGCGAUGGUCUGAUGAGUGCCCGGGAAUAUUUUAAAGAAUACAUAAAGCCCAUUAUCGUUGCCGGCGCCUUGGACUAUGAAGUGGUGGAAGGUCGAAAAGAAGGAGAUAUCCGAGCCACUUUUGCCAACAGAAUUAGGAAAGCAAGACGACGAGCAGGAGAAGGUCAACCCAUCGAGGAAGAUGAGGCUGAGAACUUCCUUCAGCAGAUUCGGCAAAAUUUCGGUAUUGAGGACGAACCUGGAAUCCAAGGCGAUAUGGUAAUUGGCAGACAUACAUGGAAGGAAUAUAUCCGUGGCCUUCACGAAGGGUGGUUAGGACCGAUUGACGAGCCCCAUCCUGAACCAGAAACUAUACCCGUUCCAGAAGUAGCAGCUGCGGAGGUCGCAACCCAGCAGCUGGCAGGCGACUAUGGUUCUCCUGCAGCUGUAUCAGCGCCACAGGAGAAUAAAGAAGCCGAAUCCGCGCCAAAAAAAAGGCCAGAGGAGGAGAAAACAGACGUGAAGAAACUUUCCCGCCCCACUCCGGCUUACAUCCUCCCCUCUUCUUACCCCUCUCAACGACUCGCGCCAACAACCCCACAAGAAAUCGACGUAUCCCCUGUCAGGUUCCCUCAUAUCCUAGGAUUCUUCAACACUCCAAUCCGCAUCUACCGCUUCCUCACCCAACGAUAUCUUGCAGAUGCCGUGGGACGAGACGUGGCCGCCAUCGUCCUCGCAGCAUCAACCCGGCCCUACACAGAAAAUAAAAACAUCCCAGACUCUGAAUUCAGAAUUCCUACAGAUGCUAGUGAUGACGCAUCUCCCACAUCACUAUCAUCAUCUUCAUCAUUAUCCCCCUCUUCUCAAACCCCAUCGAACCACUACGAACAACAAUCCGACCUCGAAACAGAGGAGCAGGAAUGGCCUAAAUCCGUGCGCAAGCAAAAAGUAGACCCAGACAUCAAGGAAAGGGAAUGGCUUGACGAUAUAGUCAUGGAUCCACGCAUUGCAUUGCGCAUGCACAGAUUUGACCUUCCCCCAGAAGAGGAAGAGAGAGCGCAGCGGAUCGCCGAAGGCACCGACUGGAUUCGUGGCGAGGAGAAGCCGGCGCACGUCCCGUUUUGGAAACGGAUGUGGAAUACGUAUGGAUUGGGUGAGCAGGAUGACGGGAGGCCGAAGGUUGUUAUUGGGAAUUUGGAUGAGUGA